AUGCCAGCUACGCUUUCCGGUUACUUAAACAUGCUGAAUGACCCAUUUCUUCUAUCUCUCGUUACGAAUUGUUUAUCAGAUGUUGAAGUUGAGCAGCCCGACGCAAACAUCAAUUCGUGCGGCGAGCGUAACAUUCCCCGUUCACAUCGUUCGCUUAGCUGGCGCACUCCUUCCUUCAAGAGUUUUGCUUACGGUUCAACUCUCGUUGCAAGCGACGACAAGUCUUCCCGGCCAGACUGGUCUGCCGGUUCCUGGAGACAAUAUCUGCGGCUCGGAAGCAGCGUCACAAAUUCCGGUCCUUGUCUAGAGCUAAGUAACGCUCACCUCCCAACUCUUGUUUCGGAAGAGCAAAGAGUACAUGAGACCGCAGAGGGGAGGCAGAUACAGCUGUUAGGGGCGGCAGCGACAGGAAAUGAGGCGGUGGUCAAGCUGCUGCUGGCGCAUCCCGAUAUCGACGUGAACUCGAAGGACCAAGAUGGAGAGACGCCACUGUGGAGGGCGGCAGCGGAAGGGCGUGAGGCGAUGGUCAGGCUGCUGCUGGCGCAGCCCGAUAUCGACAACAACUAUGGACUGACACCGCUGCACUGGACGGCAGCGGAAGGGCGUGAGGCGAUGGUCAGGCUGCUGCUGGCGCAGCCCGACAUCGACGUGAACUCGAAGGACAACCAUGGACGAACGCCACUGUCGAGUGUGGUAAGGGCAGGGCAUAAGGCGGUGGCCGAGCUGCUGCUGGCGCGCUCCGACAUCGACGUGAACUUGAAGGAUAAUCAUCGACUGACACCGCUGCAAUGGGGGGUAGCGGUAAGGGAAGAGGUAGUGGUCAAGCUACUACUAGCGCACCCUAACAUCGACGUGAACUUGAACCAAGGCGCGGUCGAAAAAGCGAUCCAAGAUAGGUUCGCUCAUUUUUGCCCUACGUACCUUGCCUAA